AUGCCUAAUGUGGAUGAGCGGGGACUCUGCUGCAACCAGGCGACACCACUGCAUGGGACGGAAGGAGGGAGGGGGGCGGCUGGCUGCGUGGCUCUUUUCUCCUCACCCGGUAGACGGAGGGAGAACGGGAUGGAGGGACGAGAGGCAGAUGACUGCAGCCACCCCCUGACUGAGCAGGGUUAUAGCAACACAUAAGAGCAUUGUCUCUGUUUACCACCAUCCCUCUGUGUUCCUUCCGUGCAAGUCCCUGUCUGUCUGUCUGUCUAGCUGAGCGGGCGUAAUGCCACAGACUUAUUUAAAAGGCAGAAUAAAUGGCAUGUUAUGGUAUUUAUGUUCUCUCCUGUUGAUCACACUGAGAGGGAUGGGAGAGUUUCUCUACCAGAGUUCUGGCGUUGGUGACAGAGCAAACAUAACCAUGACCAGGGGGUGGAGAGACCUAGAUGCUAAGCGUGCACCGUGACUUGCUGCUCAUGUAGCUUGUGGUAAAUAAAACACACAAACUCUCUCUAUUACUCUUUCUUUCUCUCUUUCUCACACGCACACACAUACCUCUAAAACAGUUUUGUUUGUAGUAGCACAGGUGUAGUAUUGUCUAGUGUUAUUAUUUUAGCUGAGGGUAUAUUUGCAUUUUUCUACGCUGCUGUUUAUUAUCUAUGCAUAGUCACUUUACCCCUACCUACUUGUACGUAUUACCUCAAUUACCUCGACUAACCUCGACUAACCUGUAUCAAUUUGAUUUGAUUUGAAAGAGGUUACAGAUUCUACCACAGACAGAGAGACAGACAGUUCUGGCAUUACCUCAGCAUUAUCAGCUCACCUUCUCCUGCUGUUUUCUGGGACAGGGGGAUGGGCCUAAGUGGGAGUUGGCUUCUAACAGGUCAUCCUCAUGCAAAGACUUACAGACAGCUACUGUCAACAGCACAACGCAGUAACCUUGACAACUGUGUCAGGGAGUCCAUUGGGAAUUGCAAAUAGGAAAAAGCCUAAUACAGUGUCAGUUUGUGUCUGUGUGUGUGUGUGAAUCUCCACCUUUUCAUUAUGUUUCACACCAGGCAUUUAUGUCAUUGAGAGCAUUUCAAAAUCUUGUCUUAAUGGCUAUAGUUCUGCAAGGAAUGUGCCAUCAUUUAUUUUACAAUUUUCCAUAAAAUAUGAUUUAUAAAACUAGCACUGACAUUUCUAAAUUCCACACACAGUGCAGAACCAAUCUUCCCUCGAGGGACAUCAAACAACUUGAAACUUUUAAUUAACAUUUGAAACAUUUUAAUGCUUCUACAAGCAAUCAUUUUUCAUAAAAUCUUUCUCAGUUGAUUUUGUGUGUGUGUAUGCGUGUGCAUGCAUGCAUGUGUACGUGCGUGUUUGUUUGUGUGUGCGUGCAUGUGUGUGUGUUUUAUCACUUAUAACCAUGUAAAGGCCAAGUCAAGUGGAUGUAUUACUUCUGGGACUAGCAGACUUAAUUUAGGACUAGUGUAAUGGAAAACUGAUACAGUGGACAGAUACUUGUGGUGGCCUGCAAAGUGCCUGCUGGUUAUUCACUCCCACUCUCCCGCUGUAUUAGCCAGUGGAGUGAUAAGAGACUAAAGAACUCUAUCUGGAGUAAGUUGAAUACAAUAUGUGGGCUGAGGGUGAUGGAUGUUUUAGAUUGAGUGAUAGGAGAGAGGCCCUACAUGACAGCUUUAUGUCCUUAUGUUUACCAUUCUCCAGUCCCCAACGCUGUGUACUGUGUGGUCUAAUGUACUGCACACACAGAGGAGACAAGAAAAACAUCUCAGUGUAGAUGACAGAGGAUUCAAUGCCUUAUCUGUGUAUUAAAGAAGACUAGACACCCCAGAGGCUUUCAGAGGUUACACACCUGCCACGUUCCUCCAGGGUCACUAGCCAUGAGAUUUAGAACACAGGCAGAAGAAACAAGCUUAGAAACUAGUGGAUAGAAGGAGCAGGGAAGAGAAAGGAAGGGCAAGGCGGAAUUUGAUGACUCAGUGGAGUACAAGCAAUCACAUUGAUGUCUUAGAAACCCAAUUGUGUUUGAUAGAGAGGGCAGAUUGAGGCGUAACUGGUGCACUGCUUUGAGCCACAGAAGCCAUUUUGGAUCAGAUUAUUCAUGGUACUACUGUGGAGAUAUUCCACAAGGAGCCAUUUUGGAUCAGAUUAUUCAUGGUACUACUGUGUUGAUGUUUCACGAGGAGCCGUUUUGGAUCUGAUUAUUCAUGGUAGCUACAGUACUGAUCCUCUACCAGGAGGGAGCCAUUUUGGAUCUGAUUAGUCAAGUCAAUUCAAGUUUAUGGUGUACACAGUACAAUGAAAUGCUUACUUGCAGGUUCCCUCUCGAAUGUGGCAACAAUAAGAAAGAAAAAAACGAAACAAUAUUAAGCUUAAUGAAAUAGAAUAUAAUAAUUACAGGCACUCAAAAAAUUUACAGUACAAUAUUUACACGUGUGUCAGAAGCUUCUGAUAGGCUAAUUGACAUAAUUUGAGUCAAUUGGAGGUGUACCUGUGGAUGUAUUUCAAGGCCUACCUUCAAACUCAGUGCCUCUUUGUUUGGCAUCAUGGGAAAAUCAAAAGAAAUCAGCCAAGACCUCAGAAAAAAGAUUGUAGACCUCCAAAAGUCUGAUUCAUCCUUGGGAGCAAUUUCCAAACGCCUGAAGGUACCAUGUUCAUCUGUACAAACAAUAGUACGCAAGUAUAAACACCAUGGGACCACGCAGCCGUCAUACCGCUCAGGUAGGAGACGCGUUCUGUCUCCUAGAAAUGAACGUACUUUGGUGCGAAAAGUGCAAAUCAAUCCCAGAACAACAGCAAAGGACCUUGUGAAGAUGCUGGAGGAAACAGGUACAAAAGUAUCUAUAUCCACAGUAAAACGAGUCCUAUAUCGACAUAACCUGAAAGGCUGCUCAGCAAGGAAGAAGCCACUGCUCCAAAACCGCCAUUAAAAAGACAGACUACGGUUUGCAACUGCACAUGGGGACAAAGAUCUUACUUUUUGGAGAAAUGUCCCCUGGUCUGAUGAAACAAAAAUAGAACUGUUUGGCCAUAAUGACCAUCGUUAUGUUUGGAGGAAAAAGGGGGUUGCUUGCAAGCCGAAGAACACCAUCCCAACCGUGAAGUACGGGGGUGGCAGCAUCAUGCUGUGGGGAUGCUUUGCUGCAGGAUGGACUGGUGCACUUCACAAAAUAGAUGGCAUCAUGAGGAAGGAAAAUUAUGUGGAUAUAUUGAAGCAACAUCUCAAGACAUCAGUCAGGAAGUUAAAGCUUGGUCGCAAAUGGGUCUUCCAAAUGGACAAUGACCCCAAGCAUACUUCCAAAGUUGUGGCAAAAUGGCUUAAGGACAGCAAAGUCAAGGUAUUAGAGUGGCCAUCACAAAGCCCUGACCUCAAUCCUAUAGAAAAUCUGUGGGCAGAACUGAAAAAGCGUGUGCGAGCAAGGAGGCCUACAAACCUGACUGUUAGACCAGCUCUGUCAGGAGGAAUGGGCCAAAAUUCACCGAACUUAUUGUGGGAAGCUUGUGGAAGGCUACCUGAAACGUUUGACGCAAGUUAAACAAUUUAAAGGCAAUGCUACCAAAUACUAAUUGAGUGAAUGUAAACAUCUGACCCACUGGGAAUGUGAUGAAAUAAAUAAAAGCUGAAAUAAAUAAUUCUCUCUACUUUUAUUCUGACAUUUCACAUUCUUAAAAUAAAGUGGUGAUCCUAACUGACCUAAGACAGGGAAUUUUUACUAGGAUUAAAUGUCAGGAAUUGUGAAAAACUGCGUUUAAAUGUAUUUGGCUAAGGUGUAUGUAAACCUCCGACUUCAACUGUACAUAAGUAUUCACACCCCUGAGUCAAUACUUUGUAGAAGCACCUUUGGCAGCGAUUAAAGCUGUGAGUCUUUCUGGGUAAGUCUCUAAGAGCUUUCCACACCUGGAUUGUGCAAAAUUUGCCCAUUAUUCUUUUCAAAAUUCUUCAAGCUCUGUGAAAUUGGUUGUUGAUCAUUGCUAGACAACCGUUUUCAGGUCUUGCCAUAGAGUUUCAAGUAGAUUUAAGCCAAAACUGUAACUCGGCCACUCAUGAACAUUCACUGUCUUCUUGGUAAGCAACUCUAGUGUAUAUUUUGCCUUGUGUUUUAGGUUAUUGUCCUGCUGAAAGGCAAAUUCAUCUCCCAGUGUUUGGUGGAAAGCAGACUGAAUCAGGUUUUCCUCUAGGAUAUUGCCUGUGCUUAGCUCCAUUAACUCACCAGUUCUUAAUGAUUACAAGCAUACAAAUAACAUGAUGCAGCCACCACUAUGCUUGAAAAUUUGGAGAGUGGUACUCAGUAAUGUGUUGUAUUGGAUUUGCCCCCAAAAAUAACACUUUGUAUUCAAGACCAAAAAAUUGCUUUGCAACAUUUUUUGCAGUAUUACUUUAGUGCCUUGUAAACUGGAUGCAUGUUUUUUUAUAUUUUAUUCUGUACAGGCUUCCUUCUUUUCACUGUCAAUUAGGUUAUUAUUGUGGAGUAACUACAAUGUUGUUGAUCCAUCCUCAGUUUUCCUCUAUCACAGCCAUUAAACUCUGUAACUGUUUUAAAGUCACCAUUGGCCUCAUGGUGGCCUGAGCUGUUUCCUUCCUCUCUGGCAACUGAGUUAGGAAGGACGCCUGUAUCUUUCUAGUGACUGGGUGUAUUGAUACACCAUCCAAAGUGUAAUUAAUAACUAACCAUGCUCAAAUGGAUAUUCAGUGUCUGCUUUUUACAUUUUUACCCAUCUACCAAUAGGUGCCCUUCUUUGCGAGGCAUUGGAAAACCUCCCUGGUCUUUGUGAUUGAAUCUGUGUUUGAAAUUCACUGCUUCGACUGAGGGACCUUACAGAUUAUUGUAUGUGUGGGGUACAGAGAUGAGGUAGUCAUUCCAAAGUCAUGUUAAACACUAUUAUUGCACAUGGAGUGCAGCUUAUUAUGUGACUUGUUAAGCACAUUUUUACUCCUGAACUUAUUUAGGCUUGCCAUAACAGGGGAGGGGGUUGAAUACAUAUUGACUCAAUACAUUUCAGCUUUUCAUUUGUUAUUAAUUUGUAAAAUGUCUAAAAACAUAAUUCCACUUUGACAUUAUGGGGUAUUGUGUGUAGGCCAGUGACAAAACAAUAUAAAUGUAAUCCAUUUUAAAUUCAGGAUGUAACACAACAAAAUGUGGAAAAAGUCAAUGGGUAUAAAUACUUUGAAUACUGUAUAUAUAUUUCCACACUAUGAGGUUGGAAUAAUACUGUGAAAUUGUGAAAAUGAUGAUUUAAAAAAAUCACUAUGCGGUAAACUAGUUGUUAGACCAAUAAGAAAGAGAGUUCCAAACCUCUCUGCCAAUAACCUAACAGCAAAUUUUCAGUUUUCCCCUCCCCACUCAGACCACUUCGACAGUCCUAUUUGCUUGAGAAAUUGCUCUUUGCUAAGAAGCUAUUUUUGUUUCUUUUUGGCUAUUUUAAUUGAAAACACAGUAAGGUAGUUAACUGUUACCUAGAAAUGAUUUGAUAUUGAGAUAAAAACGUCUGCAUUGGACCUUUAAUGACAAGCUGGGGCUAGACAGCAUUUCCAGGCCUAUCGAUUAUAAUAUUGCGGCAGGUUAAACGACUCCCUGUGGGAUCUCCUAGGCAACUGGACCGGGGCCAAGCUGCUGAGCAUCGAACUAACUUAAUCCAGGUAUAAAUCCCGAUUCUAAUCAAGUUUUUUUAAUGUGCGGGCGAAGCAAGGUGAUAAGUCACCCAUGCCCCUCACAUUUCCAUUAAUGAAGCCCUGUCAUAGAGUCCUAGUGAAUAGAUUAUUGAUGCCAUAUAAUUUAUUUUAUACCCUUAAUACAGCUGCUUAACUGUAUUUUUUAACAAACUGUCUUUGUUCAUGACUACAGAGACAGAGACUAUCUAUACAGGGACAAGAAAACAGGUGCUAUUUGGGGUCAGUGGUUUGUAAUAGAUUAUAGGAGACACUUGAAACAGGACAGUAGCAUUUUUACUCUGUCAUCACAUUUAGCUUCAGAAGACGCCCGCCCAAACUACACAGAGCAUGCGCAGUAUAAAAAGUAUGACAAAGUUAUGGCUAGGAAGAAAUGAUACCACACCCUAUCAUAUUUAAUACAGCUGCCUAACAGUAUUUUUCAAAACCAGCUCAUUUUCAUGACUUCAAAGAACAAGAAAACAGCAGAAGAAUACAAGUGCCAUUUGGUUUAGUGGUUUGUCAUAGCUAAUAAUGGCAGUUCUGCCCUAGGUCCAUCUUCAAGUCUUUAUUAUGCUUUGUUAAUAAGUGGAAUUAUGUGUGAAUGAGUGAGAAAAGGGAGGAGCAAUUAUCAUUAAUUGGAAAUUAAUGCCUAUUAGCUUUCAUUUAAACCUGCCUAAGCUCUGCCUAAUAGGAUAUAAUGGGAUAAUCCUAUACCGGUUUGAAAGAGUUGGUUAAGUGUGGUCCAUUGUAUUUUCAUUCACAAAACCAAUGUCACUGUAAACACUAAUAACAUAUUAAAUACAUGCAUCGGAAAGUAAAACAGGCGUGGUUGUCAUUUUCCAGAUGCCUCUGUCGACAUAGCCUAUGAAAUAUUUAAUGGGUAUUGCGUGGCAGGUCGGAAAACAGCCACGGAGCCAAACAAGGGUGAGUGGAGCUAUUCACUUCAGAAAUGACCCACUGGAAAACCUACAGAGCUAUAUUCAUGCCAGCCCAUCUAUUCUAUUCAUGAGGCAUUGACCUGUGGGGGGUGGGGGAGGAGAGGGAGGCAGGGGGGGAGGAGGGGGAGGGAGGGGGGGAGGAGAGGGAGGAAGGGAGGGAGGGAGGAGAGGGAGGGGGGGAGGGGAGGGAGGGAGGGAGGGAGGGAGGGAGGAGGCUCAUUUGCUCCACAGCCUCUAAGACACUGCCAGGAGAUCAAACUCCCUCCUUCCCACCCUCCCACCCUCCCUCACCCCCUUUUCUUCUCCUCUUUCAGGAGCGGUGGGUAGGUAGUUGAUAGACAAGGCUUGUGACCCAGUUUCUCCCAGUGGAAGAUGACUGAAGUCCCUGAACAAAAGCCUCCCAUCCUGUCUCUACCUACAAGAGGAGAUAGAGGAUGGAUAACUAGGACUCUAGCGAAUGCAUGCUAUCUUUUUCCCUGCACCAAAGACCUGUGUAUCAGGGAUGGUGCCGGUCGCCAAGUAACAGUGUCGUUUCAUGCUUUUGGAUAAUGCUGAUUUAAAUUCACCUAGACACUGGUACGAAUUUGCAAAAUGGAAAGAUAAUUCAUAAAAAUUUGGAAGGUAGAUUAGGGCCAAAUGAAUGGUAUUGUUGAAUAAAUUUCACAGCAGUUCAGUGUAAAUUGUUUACAACCCUGAGGGCCCCUCGAAGGUAGAGCCGCCUGCCACACACUGUUUUCACAGGGCCAGCUUGAUAUGGAUGGGAUCUGACAGUUAGCAUCAUGACACUUAGCAGCCGCAGUGCCCAUUUUCUGUUUCUCCUAUUUUCUGUUGACUCUCUUCCAUUUCCUCCCUACCUCCUCUACCUCUCUCUUAUCCUCUCCUUUCCUUUUCUGCCCCUGUCUCUCUCUCUCGCUUACUCCCCCCCCCCCUCUCUCUCUCUCUUUCUAGGCCUCACAUGGUGACAGAAUACAUGGGUAUCAGGAACGAGAGCUUCAUGAAGAUUGCAGCAGUGGGGACAUGGAUGGGGGACUUUGUGACUGCGUGGAUGGUGAGACAACAACCAUUUGUAGCCUGUAGUAGCCCAACACUGAUUAGCAGCAACUAGAAUGUAAGCACAAAGACAGUGGAAUGUGUCUUUAUACCCUUAGCACCAGGAACAGAACAGAGGUCACAGGAAACGCAGAGAAACAUAGCGGUUAAGAGUAGAGGAGAGACAGUGAGGGGUGCCUCUACACCAGCCCAUCCCUGUUCAUUUGUCAACAUAAAGAGAGGAUAGAGCUCCGCUGGGAUCUGGGAUUGGACUGCCUGUGGUGGAAGAGAAAGGAGUUUGACACAACACCAACGGGGAGAAAACUUGACAAGCUUCCUCAGAGUUUCCAUUAGUAUUCUACUGUACACACUUCAGAGAGAGGGAGGAGAUAUGGAGGAGAGAGAGAGGGGGAUAGAGGGAGAGAGAGGGGGAGGGAAGAGAGAGGGGAUAUAGAGGGGUAAGAGAGAGUUAGAGCAAGGACGGGCAAGGCAAACUGCUGAAUCCAGACAUUACUCUCUAGGUUUUUACAUUCGAUUAAUUCAACGAAGCACUUUCAAGACGACCUCUGUGUGUCUCCUUCUCCUCGACAGAACAGAUAUUUCAGAAUGUGUCAUCGCUAGAUGAGUGAGCAGAAAAUGGCUGUUUUUGCAACACUGCUCAUGCCAGAAAGAUUUAACUGAUUUUCUCAACCAAAUCCUUCUCCACUCUAUCUGAUAGAAGUAGAUGUGGCCUAUUCAAAAUGCACCCUCGCCUCAAUGAAGUACCUUCUCCGAAAGUCUGGAUUUGCGUAGUUGUGCAUACAAUCCUCUAAAAUGUAAAUUGAUGUUGAUCAAAGAAAAUGAACUUAGAUUACUUUUAAUGAUUGACUAUAUAAAAUAGGAAUAUAAACAAUGCAAUACUAUUUGAAUUGAUUAUGCCAUUCCAUUGCAGUGUUCCAUAUGCAGAAUGGCAAAUUCUUAACCAUCUAUUUUGACACUGUAUUCAGAAUGAAAUAACACAAUCUCAUUCCAUUCCUGACGAGUGUCAGAAUUCUGUGAUUUAAUAUUUGAGUUUAAUUCAGAGAUCAAUAAAAAAAAAAUCAGGAUUACUGAAAAUGCCAUCUCAGUUUGAGUGCAGUCUUAGUAUUGGUGCUGUACUUUCAACCCACAGCAUGUUAAUUUAUUUAUCCCUCACACAUAUUAUGUGGUAAGUUAACCUGGGUCUUUCCCAGGUUACUGACAUGAUGCUCCAGGACCAGCACUACCCAGACUGGGGCAAAGCUGCCAGAAGGUUCUGGAAACAAGGCAACCACAGGAUAAUCCUCUUCUGGUAGGUUCUGUCUCCAGUCUAAUGCAUACAAUAUGCUGCCCCUGAGCACGAUCAGCGUGUGUAUGUGUGUGUGUUUAUCACCUGUGUGUAUGCUAGGGUUCAUGAGUGUGUGUGUGUAUGCUAGGGUUCAUGAGUAUGUGUGUGUGCAUUAGCAUGCAUACAUUUAUUCAUGUAUGGGUAUUCAGACAAAGCCCUGUGUGGAUGGGAGGUGUGAAGGGAAGGGAAAGGGGAUAUCUAGUCAGUUUUACAACUGAAUUCAUUUAACCGAAAUGUGUCUUCUGCAUUUAAACCCAACCCCUCUGAAUCAGAGAGGUGCGAGGGGCUGCCUUAAUCGACGUCCACGUCAUCGGCGGCCGGGUAGCAGUUGUUGUUGGAGGUUAACUGCCUUGCUGAAGGGCAGAACACACAUUUUUCCACCUUGCCGGCUCGGGGACUCGAACCAGCGAAAAUUAGGUUACUGGCCCAACGCUCUUAACCGCUAGGGGUUACACACAGUUACACACAGAGUCAAUAGGCCUGUUAAUCUUCCUCUGCUCAGUGUCGGCACAUUUAAUGAGAAGAACAGGCAGAGGAAAUCAAUGGACACAGCAAGCUCACAGGGCCAGCUAUACCCCUGCCUUUACAAACACACAUACAUACAUACACACACACACACACACACACACACACACACCUGUCUUUACCUCACUGAGCCAGAGCAAGGGCUAUGACCCGAUCAAGCUGUUACACUGUGUCCAAUAAUGCUCAACCCCAAGGGAGCGAUCAAUGGCCAAGAUAUAUCACACAGUCACUCCACCAGGUCAGCAUGAAUGUUGUUCGCUACUGCCAGUUAAACAUUACAGGUUGAUGCCCUUUUCUAUUAACCUAAUGCUGUAGUGGUUAUUGAACAGGACAGAGGACACUAUGGUCAUUUCAGGGUCAGGGAUAUUUUAGCUUAUGUUAUGUAGAAACAUGAACACUGUUGAAGGAGUGUGGUAUUGUCUGAGUGGUUCGAUAUGAAGUGUUUAUUUCCAAAACGCUAUAUCCACCAAUUUUUCACAUUUAUAUAUGUUUUUUGUCCGAAAUGAUUUCUUAUGGGUACCUUCAUGUGUGUAAAAUAUUACUGUUGUCAGAUUUUUAAUUCAUAGAUUUUAGAUGUGUAUGAUUAUUUAUUUAUUUUUGCAAAAUGCUAUCCAUUGUUUAGCUGGAAUGGAAUGUUCGUAUCCUGUAUAUUUCACUGUGAUAUGUGGUUGUCUCACCUAGCUAUCUUAAGAUGAAUGCACUUACUGUAAGUCGCUCUGGAUAAGAGCCUCUGCUAAAUGUUUUACAUACAGAUCUCAUAUUACUGUAUUUAAUUAUUAAAAUAUAUAUACAGUAUAGAUGUCACAAAUGUAUCACUUGUACAUUUCUUUAUAAAAAAUGUAGUUAUUUGUUACAUUUGACUGCAGUACUACUUAUUUCUCUGAUUAUUUGUCGCUCUGAAAUCAAACCAUCAAGUGAUAGAUUUUAAACAAAUACAUGUCUGUCAUUGAACAACCCCAUGCCAUGAUUAGAUAGUGAAAAACACACCAAUAUCAUUCAUAAUUUAUUUAAACAAUAAAAGCUAAUUGACCAACAUUUCUGAAAAUUGCUAUAUAAAGUUUGGGAAUGAAACUCUUCAUAUGUAUAAAUGACUAAUACAUUGAAGUUCAAAGCCACACUCUUCAAUUGAUUGUUCCUCUAUUAGGAUGCAAGGGAGUUACCUAUAGUCUCCAUGGCUACUCUGGAAGCCUUUGUCUUAUUGAUGGAUGCCCCCAGUCUGACUGUCACAAUCAAUUUGUACUCUGACGAGCCAUCAUCUCAAAUACUGAGGAGAAAGUAUGAUUGAUGAAUAUGUUGAGGAAUGUAUCUUGACAUUAUGCAGCAAUUAAUCUUGGUAAAUCACAAUAACAGUGCUGAAAAUAAUCCACUUUAGAAUUGAAAAAACCAAACUGUGUCUCAUAACAUUUGAAACAUGUUAUGGCUUGGCGCUAGCUAUCUGCAAUGCAGCCAGUUACCAUGGGGAUGGAACAACCCACACAACACCAACGUAAUAAUUACUGAAUGACUGAAUGACAUUGAAACAAGUACAAAGAAGAGCAAAAUAUAGUUUGCUAAAUCCAAAGUCAAUAACACACAGAUAAACAUCAAAUUAUACCUAAGAGAAUUAGUAACCAACAUCAAUAUUUACAUACACCUAUGAUGAGGUCCUCUUAUUAUUGUAUUGUUGUUAUGUAAUUUAGAGGAAUGAGCAGAAGACACAUUUUCGUUGUCUGCCGUAACAAAUGGACAAAAAUAAAAUGGUAAUUAGUAAAUCUGUGGAGUUACCCAGGUGACUAACAGGAAACGAAUGCAAUUCUACUUCCUCACUCCUCCAGGACGGUCCUGAUCACUCUGACGUCAGUGGUGUUGCUGGUCAUCAGUACUGACUGGAUCAGCUGGGACAACCUGAACCGCGGCUUUCUGCCUAGCGACGAGGUCUCCAGGGCCUUCCUGGCUUCCUUCAUCCUGGUCUUUGACCUGCUCAUUGUCAUGCAGGUAGGGGCUCCCCCAUGGCCAAUUAAAAACUAGCUGGGCUCCAUUACUCUCCCCUUCUUUUUUUCCCUCUAUAUCUCCCGUUCCUCACCCCUCCCUCAGUCACAGGGGCACUGCGGCACUGGGUUGAGAGGGGGAGAGAGGGAGACGUUUGAUCAGUCAGAGCCUGCAUGACUACACACCCACUGCUGCUUCUGAGUUCUAUCUACCCCUCAUCUCCUCAUCCACCCAGCCAUCCCUCUAUCCAGCCAUCCCUCCCUGCAUCCGGCCACGCUUCAGCCAAGGACUUACCACUGCUCUCCUCUUCUGUGAACCCAGGCCUUUUUAAUGAUGACUCAUAACAUUUUAUGUUUUCUUUCCUUUUUUCCACUAAAUGUCCUCCAUCCCUCCAUCCCACAGGAGCCUAUACAUCAAUAAAGUGUUUGUCAGUGGCAAACUCAUGAAUAUGCAAAUGUAUUUGUCUGGGUAGAAAAUGCAUAGCAGUGUUUCAAGGAGAGAAGGCUUUCAACACAGUAGCCUCAAGCCAAAUACAGACUGGGUGGUUUGGAACGCAAGCCUAAUUCAGUCAGGCUUCUGCUUAUGUUUAUUGGAUAUAUUUCAUCCGCUUUCUUAUUGCUUAAAGGAUUAUGUAGUCUAAUAUUUAGGAUCCCUUAAUUGUCUGUUUCCAAAUGUUUUAUGUAAUACAUAAUUACUAGCUUCUCAUGGAUGACUGUACAGCGUUAUUGUGUAGUAAAUACGUCAGUCUCUCUUACUCUACAGAGUCGACACCUGUGGUUAUGGCACAAUUCUUGUUUUUACAGGGCUAUGAUGAUUAGUAAACAAUGAUAUAUCUGUAGCAUACAAUAAUUUACUAAAUUGUAUUACUGUUAAUCGCUAUUUCCUGUUAUUGCUCACCUCAGACAUUCACUUGAUAUAUUUAAAUAAUGUAUUACAUAGUCAACUGUUGAAUUACUUAUUUUUGAUUAACAUGUCCGUUUUUUCCAUUGUUUCAAGUUUUGUCUUUGCAUGGGCCUCAUUGCUUUUCACUGGGGUCCCGUCUCUUCUCAGAAACAGGCUAAUGCAUAGUGACCAGUUUAUUCCGCCUGCUGUCAGUUGGAGCUCCCAUCUCCUGCCUCAGACAUCAUCCCAUAUGACUACAGAAGUCUCCAUGUUGUGACAUCCUCAUUUGACUCCCUAGCCCCAGCCAGUACCCAAUUACUCACCAAUCACAUCACUCCUGUUUUCCCCCACUGGGCUGUAUUUCACACUCAUUCAGAUGCCUUUGUUUAUGAAAGCUAGCCCCCUCUCAUUUUCUGCGCUGUGUACAACAAGCACGUUUACUAUGGUUAUUUAUUAUUUCAAUAAGUCCCCGCCGUAAGUGCUCACAUGGACCUGAGGCCUGCUGUCAAUGCACUCUACUGUGGCAUAGUCAAUAAAAAACCCUCAACUCCUUCCGCGACUCCGACCCACGGCAUUCCAAAUGGCUUCAUUCACCUUCAUGUGGGCGUGUUGUGGCUGGUAGUUAAUCUCUCACCUCCAUGAGAAAAGACUGAGGUUUUAUUCCCAAAGUAAUUAACAGACACAAUUAACGGGCUGGAUUGACCUCCCAGUUGAUGGAGAUUUGUGAGGCUUUCAUUUUAUUUGGGUAUUUGAUAGUCUAGUAUAUUCUUCUGUUUUUUUCCAGGUGUGUGUGUAACUUAAAGACUUAAAGACUUAUUGACUGUGUGUGUGUGUGUGUGUGUGUGUGCAUGCUCACUGUUGAUGUCCUAGAGACUUAUUAUUUCAUGUGAGGGGGCACAUUGCUUAAAUGUCAUGCUUAUUAGUGGAACUGUAUCAGGAAACGAAGUAUAGUUGAGUAAGUGGAAGGCCUAAUUAAUAUCUAGGGGGGAAUAUCUAUCUUCAGAUCCUCACAUAUGAAAAUGUAUUCAAUUUGUAAGUAUUGAAAAUGGCUGCUGUUAAAUAACUAUCACUGUAAAAAAGAACACCCACAAAUCUAGUUGUUUCAACAAAAUAUUAUUAAGUAACUGGUUCCACAGCCUUUUUUUGUUUACUCAACUUUUUGGUCCAAGUGUUACCUGAACAAACAAAAAAUGUGUUGCCCAAACUUUGGCAAAAAUUCAGUCAAUUUAAAAUGUGUUUGCUUAAGUUGUCUCAUAUGUUCAUUCAACUAGAAAUUAUUAUUUGUGCAUCUUAACUAAAAAGGCUGUGCAACUGGUUACACACACACAACCAGUGCUUUUAACAUACAAUGUUUUCAAUAUUUGACACAUGUUGACAUACAUGAUUACAUUCUGCAUGUUAAUUUAUACAGUAAUGUAUUAUUCAACAUGUCCUCACCUGGGAUUUGAACUUGGCAUUCCAAUCUUCCUGCUACACCACCAUGUCUGUGCAAUUAUCAGUUAGUCUGACUAAAAGGCUAUGGAACCAGUUAAUUAAGAAUAUUUAGUUUAAACAACUCCAUUUUGUUUUUCAGUGUAGGCUAUACUGUCAUAAUCGGAGAAAAUGCCGCUAUUCUUAAAAAGAUAGCAAGAUCUGUGUGUGUCUUUGGGUUAUCUAAGACAUACAGCAUGCCUCUGUCUGUUCAACACACAUACAGUGGGGGGAAAAAGUAUUUAGUCAGCCACCAAUUGUGCAAGUUCUCCCACUUAAAAAGAUGAGAGAGGCCUGUAGUUUUCAUCAUAGGUACACGUCAAAUAUGACAGAAAUUAAGAUUUUUUUCUCCAGAAAAUCACAUUGUAGGAUUUUUAAUGAAUUUAUUUGCAAAUUAUGGUGGAAAAUAAGUAUUUGGUCACCUACAAACAAGCAAGAUUUCUGGCUCUCACAGACCUGUAACUUCUUCUUUAAGAGGCUCCUCUGUCCUCCACUCGUUACCUGUAUUAAUGGCACCUCUUUGAACUUGUUAUCAGUAUAAAAGACACCUGUCCACAACCUCAAACAGUCACACUCCAAACUCCACUAUGGCCAAGACCAAAGAGCUGUCAAAGGACACCAGAAACAAAAUUGUAGACCUGCACCAGGCUGGGAAGACUGAAUCUGCAAUAGGUAAGCAGCUUGGUUUGAAGAAAUCAACUGUGGGAGCAAUUAUUAGGAAAUGGAAGACAUACAAGACCACUGAUAAUCUCCCUCGAUCUGGGGCUCCAUACAAGAUCUCACCCCGUGGAGUCAAAAUGAUCACAAGAACGGUGAGCAAAAAUCCCAGAAACCACACGGGGGGACCUAGUGAAUGACCUGCAGAGAGCUGGGACCAAAGUAACAAAGCCUACCAUCAGUAACACACUACGCCACCAGGGACUCAAAUCCUGCAGUGCCAGACGUGUCCCCCCUGCUUAAGCCAGUACAUGUCCAGGCCCGUCUGAAGUUUGCUAGAGUGCAUUUGGAUGAUCCAGAAGAGGAUUGGGAGAAUGUCAUAUGGUCAGAUGAAACCAAAAUAGAACUUUUUGGUAAAAACUCAACUCGUCGUGUUUGGAGGACAAAGAAUGCUGAGUUGCAUCCAAAGAACACCAUACCUACUGUGAAGCAUGGGGGUGGAAACAUCAUGCUUUGGGGCUGUUUUUCUGCAAAGGGACCAGGACGACUGAUCCGUGUAAAGGAAAGAAUGAAUGGGGCCAUGUAUCGUGAGAUUUUGAGUGAAAACCUCCUUCCAUCAGCAAGGGCAUUGAAGAUGAAACAUGGCUGGGUCUUUCAGCAUGACAAUGAUCCCAAACACACCGCCCAGGCAACGAAGGAGUGGCUUCGUAAGAAGCAUUUCAAGGUCCUGGAGUGGCCUAGCCAGUCUCCAGAUCUCAACCCCAUAGAAAAUCUUUGGAGGGAGUUGAAAGUCUGUGUUGCCCAGCAACAGCCCCAAAACAUCACUGCUCUAGAGGAGAUCUGCAUGGAGGAAUGGGCCAAAAUACCAGCAACAGUGUGUGAAAACCUUGUGAAGACUUACAGAAAACGUUUGACCUGUGUCAUUGCCAACAAACGGUAUAUAACAAAGUAUUGAGAAACUUUUGUUAUUGACCAAAUACUUAUUUUCCACCAUAAUUUGCAAAUAAAUUCAUAAAAAAUCCUACAAUGUGAUUUUCUGGAUUUUUUCUUCUCAUUUUGUCUGUCAUAGUUGACGUGUACCUAUGAUGAAAAUGACAGGCCUCUCUCAUCUUUUUAAUUGGGAGUACUUGCACAAUUGGUGGCUGACUAAAUACUUUUUUUCCCCACUGUACGUAUUCUUCCCAGACGUUAUCUUCGGGUUAUUUCAGACUAUGUUUCAAGAUCUUACAUUGUUGAGUCUGUAUUGACUUUUCCCAAGCAAGGACUAAGGAGGCACAGAGGGCACCUUAUAGACGUCUGUAUUGAGUGGUUUGUGAUGUGUUUUGACAUGAGGAAACCCCAAUGCACAUAGGCACAGUACAGGGUCCUGUAAACACACACUGUGCACUGCAGCUCACAGUUAGGCUUUUGACCUCUUUGGUACCUUACCCGUCAAUAGACAACUCCCCUGAAUCCCUAGCUAGUAUCAUGAAAAUAAAUCCCUGUUGUUCACUUUGGAACAUGAUGUAUUGUUGUCUUUGAUUUUAUGCUUGGUCUUACAUGAUGUGUUGUUUACUUCAGUAAAAGCUCUCACUAUGAAAGACUUCUGAUCAGAUAGACUCCUGGGAUGGUUGUUGAAAAUGAGCGUGAGCUAUACACACUAUGUUGCAACGCAUUGGAUGAUUGUGUAUGCCAUGUGUUCAUGUGUUUGUACCUGUCCCUAUUCAGAUAAACCAUACAUAGAAUAUAGUCUGAUGGGAUGAUGUAUGUGUUUUCAGGACUGGGAGUUCCCUCAGUUCAUGGGCGACCUUGAUAUGAACCUGCCUGGCAUGUCCACCACACAACUCAAGUUCAAACUUCCUGUCUGCAAGAGCAUCUUCAAAGAGGAGUACCACAUCCAUAUCACAGGUACGGACAUUAACAAGCAACAUGUAUCACACAUAAAACAUACUAUUUAGAUGGUAUAGAGGGAUACCACUUAUUUCAAUAUUUUCGCACUCCAUCUGACCAGCUGUGAUGGAGAAAUGUUGAUGGUUGCACCAUGACACUGGCCUAAGAUGAAUAGAGAUCAGAUACACCUGUUGUAACGUGUCUUCUUCAUCCUACUAGCAGUGCUUGUUUCUGACAUCAUCUUCCCCCCUGGACCUAUAGCACCCUGCUGCGGCAGACGCACCAAAUGUUAUUUGUCAUAUGCUUAAUAAACAACAGGUGUGGACUAACAGUGAAAUGCUUACUUACGGAUCCUUCCCAACAAUGCAGAGAGAAAGAAAAUAGAGAAAUAAUAGAAAAGUAAAACACGUAAUAAUAAAAGUAAUAAUAGAUAGACAAUGAGUAACGAUAACUUGGCUAUAUACAAGGGGUACCAGUACCGAGUCGAUGUGCAGGAGUAUGAGGUAAUUGAGGUACAGUGGGGAAAAAAAGUAUUUAGUCAGCCACCAAUUGUGCAAGUUCUCCCACUUAAAAAGAUGAGAGAGGCCUGUAAUUUUCAUCAUAGGUACACGUCAACUAUGACAGACAAAAUGAGAAAGAAAAUUCCAGAAAAUCACAUUGUAGGAUUUUUUAUGAAUUUAUUUGCAAAAUGUGGUGGAAAAUAAGUAUUUGGUCAAUAACAAAAGUUUCUCAAUACUUUGUUAUAUACCCUUUGUUGGCAAUGACACAGGUCAAACGUUUUCUGUAAGUCUUCACAAGGUUUUCACACACUGUUGCUGGUAUUUUGGCCCAUUCCUCCAUGCAGAUCUCCUCUAGAGCAGUGAUGUUUUGGGGCUGUCGCUGGGCAACACAGACUUUCAACUCCCUCCAAAGAUUUUCUAUGGGGUUGAGAUCUGGAGACUGGCUAGGCCACUCCAGGACCUUGAAAUGCUUCUUACGAAGCCACUCCUUCGUUGCCCGGGCGGUGUGUUUGGGAUCAUUGUCAUGCUGAAAGACCCAGCCACGUUUCAUCUUCAAUGCCCUUGCUGAUGGAAGGAGGUUUUCACUCAAAAUCUCACGAUACAUGGCCCCAUUCAUACUUUGCUUUACACGGAUCAGUCGUCCUGGUCCCUUUGCAGAAAAACAGCCCCAAAGCAUGAUGUUUCCACCCCCAUGCUUCACAGUAGGUAUGGUGUUCUUUGGAUGCAACUCAGCAUUCUUUGUCCUCCAAACACGACGAGUUGAGUUUUUACCAAAAAGUUCUAUUUUGGUUUCAUCUGACCAUAUGACAUUCUCCCAAUCCUCUUCUGGAUCAUCCAAAUGCACUCUAGCAAACUUCAGACGGGCCUGGACAUGUACUGGCUUAAGCAGGGGUACACGUCUUGCACUGCAGGAUUUGAGUCCCUGGCGGCGUAGUGUGUUACUGAUGGUAGGCUUUGUUACUUUGGUCCCAGCUCUCAGCAGGUCAUUCACUAGGUCCCCCCGUGUGGUUCUGGGAUUUUUGCUCACCGUUCUUGUGAUCAUUUUGACCCCACGGGGUGAGAUCUUGCGUGGAGCCCCAGAUCGAGGGAGAUUAUCAGUGGUCUUGUAUGUCUUCCAUUUCCUAAUAAUUGCUCCCACAGUUGAUUUCUUCAAACCAAGCUGCUUACCUAUUGCAGAUUCAGUCUUCCCAGCCUGGUGCAGGUCUACAAUUUUGUUUCUGGUGUCCUUUGACAGCUCUUUGGUCCUGGCCAUAGUGGAGUUUGGAGUGUGACUGUUUGAGGUUGUGGACAGGUGUCUUUUAUACUGAUAACAAGUUCAAACAGGUGCCAUUAAUACAGGUAACGAGUGGAGGACAGAGGAGCCUCUUAAAGAAGAACUUACAGGUCUGUGAGAGCCAGAAAUCUUGCUUGUUUGUAGGUGACCAAAUACUUAUUUUCCACCAUAAUUUGCAAAUAAAUUCAUUAAAAAUCCUACAAUGUGAUUUUCUGGAUUUUUUUUCUCAAUUUGUCUAUCAUAGUUGACGUGUACUUAUGAUGAAAAUAAAGGCCUCUCUCAUCUUUUUAAGUGGGAGAACUUGCACAAUUGGUGGCUGACUAAAUACUUUUUUCCCCCACUGUAACUAGGAAUAAAGUGACAGAUAGUAAACAGUAACAGCAGCGUAUGUGAUGAGUCAAGUAAGUUAGUGCAAAAAGGGUCAAUGCAGAUAGUCUAUUUGGUGAACUAACUAUUUAGCAGUCUUAUGGCUCGGGGCUAGAAGCUGUUUAGGGUCCUCCUGUUGGUUCCAGACUUGGUGCAUUGCCAUGCGGUAGCAGAACAGUCUAUGACUUGGGUGGCUGGAGUCUUUGACAAUUUUUAGGGCCUUCCUCUGACACCGCCUGGUAAAGAGGUCCUGGAUGGCAGGGAGCUCAACCCCAGACAUGUACUGGGCCGUAUGCACUACCCUCUGUAGCGCCUUGCGGUCAGAUGCCAAGCAGUUGCCAUACCAAGCGGUGAUGCAGCCAGUCAAGAUGCUCUCAAUGGUGCAGCUGUAUAACUUUUUGAGGAUCUGAGGGCCCAUGCCAAUCCUGUAGUCCAUGAUCAGCACCUUUUUCUUGCUGACGUUGAGGGAGAGGUUGUUGUCCUGGCACCACACUACCAGGUCUCUGACCUCCUCCCUAUAGAUUGUCUUAUCAUCGUCGGUGAUUAGGCCUACCACCGUCGUGUCGUCGGCAAACUUUAUGAUGAGGUUAGAGUCAUGCGCGGCCACGCAGUCAUGGUUGAGCAGGGAGUACAGGAGCACUCAAAAACAUGGUGUUGCAUCCUGAGCUGUAGUCAAUGAACAGCAUUCUCACAUAGGUGUUCCUCUUGUCCAGAUGGGAAAGGGCAAUGUGGAGUGCAAUAGAGAUUGCGUCAUCUGUGGAUCUGUUGGGGCGGUAUGUGAAUUGGAGUGGGUCCAGACUGUCUGGGAUGAUGGUGUUGAUGUGAGCCAUGACCAGCCUUUCAAAGUAUUUCAUGGCUACUGAUGUGAGUGCUACGGAGCGAUAGUCAUUUAGACAAGUUAUCUUGGUGUUCUUGGACACAGGGACUAUGGUAGUCUGCUUAAAACAUGUAGGUAUUACAGACUGGGUCAGGGAGAGGUUGAAAAUGUCAGUGAAGACACUUUCCAGCUGGUCAGCGCAUGCUUUGAGUGCAUGUCCUGGUAAUCCGUCUAGCCCUGCGGCCUUUUGAAUGUUAACCUGUUUAAAGGUCUUACUCACAUCGGCUACGUGAUCACACAGUCAAACAUAUUCUCAGAGAGUACACUCUUCCAUUUAAACCAUCACCCAUGUUUCAUUACGUUCCACAGCAUGCUCCCAGUGACAACCAUCAAGGAGGAGAGAAACUAAUGUUCCCGUGCUAAAUGUUAAACUGUUCAAACACUCCCUGAUUUACGCUAGGUUGUUAACCCUAAUGCAUCACACACCCAUUUAGCAUUAUGUUAACAGUCUUACAUAAUGUGAUUGCUUUGACUAAAAGCUUAUUAACGGUGGUGCAUCUCAGGAAAGGAAGGGAAUGGUGUCACAUGUACCCAGGGAAUCAUCAGCCUUUAGAUCAGUAAACCUGGAGAGAUUGCUACCAUUAAUGUAAUGACCUCAUUUCAUUAAGAGUCAACGUUGGACCUGGUACCUGCAAAUGUAUUCUCAAAUGCCUUAACAUACAUACUGUCUGUCUGUCUGUCUGUCUGUCUGUCUGUCUGUCUGUCUGUCUGUCUGUCUGUCUGUGUUUUGUGAAUUGAUUACCUUGAAUGAAUUAGAUUCUUAAAAGCUUUAUAAUUUGUCCCAACAGUACAGCAAUCAGUGAAUGAAAGGACAUGUCAAAGUCAGCUUGGGCACAAUACAAUAUACAAUUCAUCUGGAUUUUGCCAUAAAGAAGUUACUAUAACUGCCAUACUGUCUCUUUCUCCCUGCAGGUAAGUGGUUCAACUAUGGCAUCAUCUUCCUUGUGUUGAUCCUGGACCUGAACAUGUGGAAGAACCAGAUCUUCUACAAGCCCUACGAGUACGGCCAGUACGUUGGUCCAGGGGAGAAGAUCUUCACCGUGGAGGAGCCCCACACGCUGGGUGACUUCAACCGUAGCACGCUCACCUACAAGUGGCGCUCCAGCAAUGUGGACCCGCUGACCAACCGCUCGUAUGUCCAUCGGGACAUGUUCUUGCACAGCCGCUAUGUGGGCGCCAGCCUGGACAUCAAGUGCCUGGCCUUCAUCCCCAGCCUGGCUGCCUUCGUCCUCUUCGGCUUCUUCAUCUGGCUACUGGGACGUUUCCAGGACAGCGAGACCUUCCCGGAGAGCCAGGUGGACAAGACUUACGAGAGGAUUAAGAGGAAGUCUCCGUCGGAGUAUAGUAAGGACAUGGGCGUCACGCCAGAGGAGGUGCACAUCUCUAUGAGCGAGACGCUCAAACGUUCCGGAACCCCCAUGCUGCUGUCAGUGGACGGGCAUCACUUGGCUCCACACACCGCCACCUCCACCAACUCCAUCUCGCCUGUUUCCACGGAGACCCAGGAGACGCACCCCAGCAUAGUCAUCGACAGCGCGGAGCCGGGAGAGCCGGCGGUUUCCUUUGAAGUCAGUAAACUGUCACCGCCCUGA